AUGGAGAAGGACGAGGCUUGCCCUCACAGAGAGUGCAAGCACUACAAGGAGAGUGCACCAUCAUCGCCUCCCAGAGCCCCCCUGGAGCUGGCAGACAACAUCCAUACGGCGUAUUCCAAGGCCGAGGCCCCCGGGACCUCCGACGAAGACGAUUCGGAGUCUUCCUCGGGGGAGUCUUCGUCCGACAUCGAGCCCUGUCCCCACUGCAUGACUCAGAAAAUACUCAAUGCAGAUAACUGCCUGCUCAAUAAUGUGAAUGACUUUGACCUGACCUCUAACGAGUACCAGAGCAUCCGUGGGAACGCCGCUGCCCAGGCGGAGUGCUGGGCUCUGAAUGCUGCAUUUUACCAGACGCAUUCGGCGGAGCAUGUGCCAACUACAAAUGGCCUGACAGAGUCAGUCAGUGCUCCGUACGAGACGAGCUAUGGCGGCGAGUGGGGAAAGAGGUCUUCCAGCAGCUACGCCUAG